AACUUCUUCCGUUUCGUACCACGUUGUUACCGGGCGAUUCAGUCUGAGUGAAGCAGCAGAGCCUGUUUGUCUGGAUAAACCUGUUGAAGUGGACUUUGUGUGAACUUUCGGGAUGUUUCAGCCCAGACUCAUCUCCCGUUAGCCAUCAAUGCUAAAGGAAGUUAGCGUAGCCUGCUAGCAGGAAAUAGACGGAGCCGAGCGUCAUUUAAUCAUCAGGGACAACAAAGAGUUUCUAACGGAGUGAGUCUGGAGGAAAAGCUGCUGUGAAUCAGUCAAAAUGUCUAAAGUCCAAACGCUGAGAGCUUUUGUGAAGCAGCGACUAACUGCGGCUGCUGAAGAGAUAUUUGAGCAGUUUGAAAGAACGAUAGCAGAGUACGAGGAGGAAGUUUGUCGACAACAGAAACUACUGGACGCUGUUUUCAAGCCUGAAGUCCGGUUACACAGAGCAGACGUCCAGCUGCUGUUGGGGAGGAAAGAAGAGGAUCCUCCUGAGCAGCAGGACUGGAGAUCCAGUCUGGACCAGGAGGACCCAGCAGAGCCACCACAAAAUAAUGAGGAACAGGAGGAGCUGUGGACCAGUCAGGAGGGAGAGCAGCUCGGAGGUCUGGAGGAGGCUGAUAUCACCAAGUUCACGUUCCCUCCUGUUCCUGUGAAGAGUGAAGAAGAGGAUGAAGAGGAACCUCAGUCCUCACAGCUUCAUCAGAGACAAACUGAACAGAUGAAAACAGAAUCUGAUGGAGAGGACUGUGGAGGACCAGAACCAACCAGGAACUUAGAUCCAGACACACAUUUACAACCUCAGACUGAUGACAGGACUGCAGAUUUUUCUAAACUUAAGAAAAAAGUCAGUGAUGAUUGGAAGAAAUGCAGUGAACCUGAGUCAGGUUUAAACUGUCUGAAAAGUAACAGUGAAUGUCAUUCUGCCAGGAAAUCAUUUAGCUGCCUUGUGUGUGGUAAACGAUUCAGCCAAAAGUCAAAUCUUCAGAACCACAUGAGAAUUCACACAGGAGAGAAACCAUUUAGUUGCGUAGUUUGCAGUAAAAGAUUUAUACAAAAGGUACACCUGUUACGACACAUGGCUCUCCACACAGGAGAGAAGCGGGACCGCUGCAGUGAUCGUGGCAAAAGAUUGACUCGGCAGUCCCAGCUCAAAACCCACCAGUGUGCUGGUCUUCAAUCCUCACAGUUUCAUCAAAGCCAAACUGAAGAGAGCAGAGAUGCAGAGCACGUAAACAGAAAGGCUGAAGGAGAGGACUGUGGAGGACCAGAGCCAGACAAAAAUUCAGAUCCAGAUAGACAUUUACAACCUGACACUCAUGACAAGACGUCUCACUCCUCUGAAUCUGAGACUGAUGACAGUUGUGAUUGGGAGGAGACCAGAGAGCCUCAGUCAGGUUUAAACCCUCUACAGAACAAUGAAGUACCUGUCAGUGAUGUUAAAUGUAAAACUGGAAAAACUUCAGUUAGCUCCUCUGGAUGUACUUCAAGCUCUGACCACAAGGGGCGUCUGCAGAGACGCAGUGGAAACCAAACAGGAGAGAAACCAUUGAGUUGCUCAGUUUGUGGUAAAAAUACCAACGGAAGAAAUCUUUAAAGCAACACAUGAGACUUCAUUUAGAAGGAAAACAUUUCAACUGCUCAGUUUGUCAAAAAAAAUUCCAAUGGAAAACAAGUCUUCGGAGGCACAUGCGAGUCCACACAGGGGAGAAACCCUUCAGUUGU